GAGAAAGAAAGAAAAUAAGAAAACAAAGAAGUACCCAGUCAAUGUCCAAAGUCGAGACAAAGAAGAAGAAGAAAUGGUCUGAUACCCGACAAAAACAAGAAGGCAAUUCUCCAUCCAUUCAUUUCACUUCUCUUCCCUCCGCUAUCUCUCUCUCUCCGAAUAUUAACUGCCAAAACCAACCCCUCCAUCUCCUUCUCCUUCCCUUUCUUCAUUUCCCUGCAUUUUCUCUCCCUAUAUCAAAAUUCAAAACCUGAAAUAUAAUCUCCACAGGCAAAACAGCCCCUGUAAGCAUCAUCAUCGAGCAUUCAAAAGAUGCCGGCCACCGACAACCAGGGUUCAUUCUUGAACCGCAUCAGCAUCCGCCGCAACCAGGUUGCCGACCCCAACCUCGAGCUCGAAGACCUCGAACUCUUCCAAAAACACGUAGCUGAUCGUUUGUCCGACCUCCUCCCCGUCCCCACCCCACCCCCUCCAUCCUCCACUUCCGUGGAUUCUCCAUCCGCUGACCACGGCCCACCACCGCCCCCACCCAUGCUCUCCAUCUCCUGGUUUCGCAAGCUCCUCGACGUUUUUCUCUGUUGCGAGGCGGAGUUCAAAGCCGUUCUCAUCAUGGGUCGUGAUCCUUCCCAAUUCUGCAAGCCUCCUCUCGACAAACUCAUCCCUGAUCUUUUAGACAGGGCCAUAAAGGCCCUUGACGUCUGCAACGCCGUCACUCACGGCAUCGAGCUCCUCCGCCACUGGCAAAGCCUCGCUCAGAUUGCCGUCACCGCCCUCGAGCAACGUCCCAUUGGAGAAGGCCAGGUCAGACGCGCCAAAAGGGCUCUCUCGACUCUCCUCACUUCCAUGGCCUUUGAUGACAAAGAAAGCAAUAACAGCAGCAGUCACAAAGCCACGGAGCGUGCUUGGUCUUUUGGUCGCCGUGGUGGUGGUGGCGCCGCUGCAAAUUACGGUCAUAACCCCAAGGAUAAACCUGCCGGGACUUUCCGGUCGCUGUCUUGGUCCGUGGCUAAGUCUUGGUCCUCUGCCAAACAGAUCCAAGCCAUGUCGUCUAAUCUGGUGCCGCCACGUGGGGCGGAGGCAGCUGGGCUGGCGCUUCCGGUAUACAUUAUGAGUGCGGUUUUGGUUUUCGUGAUGUGGUCUCUGGUGGCCGCGGUCCCUUGUCAGGAGAGGACUGGGCUGGCCACCCAUUUGCCCGUGCCCAGGCAAUUGGUCUGGGCUCAGCCGUUGAUUGGGCUUCAGGAGAAAAUUGGAGAGGAAUGGAAGAAAAAGGAGAAGAAAGGCACUGCUGGAUUGUUGGAGGAGAUGCAGAGGAUGGAGAAGGUUGCGCUGAGCCUGGUUGAAUUUGCUGAUUCUUUUCAGUUUCCGUUGGAGGAUGCAAAGGUGGAGGAGGUGGCGGUGCAGGUAGCCGAGAUGGCGGACAUUUGUCUUAAGAUGGAGGAGGGAUUGGUGCCACUUCAGCAGCAGGUUAGAGAGGUGUUUCAUCGGAUUGUGAGGAGCAGAGCUGAGGUUCUUGAUGUUAUUGAUCAAGUUGGUAAAAUGUCCACACCAGUUCCAUGUUGAGACUGUAGGCAGGCACGUUUCAAUUGAGAUUUGAGCGUGUUUAGUAGAUUCAAAUGUUCUUCCCAGUUGAAUAUGUAAAUGUUUGUUGGUUCCCCGUUGAUCAUGAAAAGGUUUGAUACUAGUUUUUUUCCUUGAAAAGGUUAGCUGAUUCUGGUUGAAGUGCUAGUACCAUACUGAUUGAUCCCAA